AUGGCAAACAUUGACCAGAAGGCUGUUUUGAUCGUCAUUGACGGUUGGGGUUGUGAAGUUGGUGGUAAGGGCGACGCCAUUGCAAAUGCGGAAACCCCCAUCAUGGACGCUUUCAAGGCGAAUGCCGACGGCUACACUGAGCUCGAGGCCUCUUCUCUUGCUGUCGGAUUGCCCGAGGGUUUGAUGGGCAACAGUGAAGUCGGACAUUUGAAUAUUGGAGCUGGACGUGUCGUCUGGCAAGAUGUUGUCCGUAUCGACCAGACCAUGAAGAGGGGAGAGUUCCCUAAGGUCGAGAACAUCAAGGAGUCCUUCUCUCACGCUAAGAACGGUAAUGGACGUCUUCAUCUCCUCGGGUUGGUUUCCGAUGGCGGUGUUCACUCUCACCAGAACCACUUGUAUGCACUUCUAGCCACUGCAAAGGAGAUGGAGAUCCCUGAGGUCUACAUUCACUUUUUCGGCGAUGGGCGUGACACCGACCCCAAGAGCUCCGUUGGAUACAUGGAGUCACUCCUUGCUAAGAUCAAGGAGCUUGGUAUGGAAAAGGUUGCGAAGAUAGCCACAGUAGUUGGGCGAUACUAUGCUAUGGACAGAGACAAGAGAUGGGAGCGUGUGGAGAUUGCCCUCAAGGGUAUUAUUUCCGGCAAAGGUGAAACUUCUGAGGAUGUUGUAGCCACAAUCAAGGAAAGAUACGAGAAGGGCGAAAAUGACGAGUUCUUGAAGCCCAUCAUUGUCAGCGGAGAGCCUGCUAGAGUCAAGGACAACGACACACUCUUUUUCUUCAACUACCGUUCUGACCGUGUCCGCGAGAUCACUCAACUCCUCGGUGUCGACAGCUCACCUCUUCCCGACUUCCCCUUCCCCAAGGGUAUCUAUAUCACCACCAUGACCCAAUACAAGUCUGACUUUCCUUUCCUUGUGGCUUUCCCUCCCCAGCGCAUGGAUGACGUGCUCGCCGAAUGGCUCGCAAAGAAGGGUGUAAAGCAGUGCCACGUUGCUGAAACCGAGAAAUACGCUCAUGUUACUUUCUUCUUCAACGGUGGUGUUGAGAAACAGUUCGACAACGAAGUCCGUGACAUGAUCGCGUCCCCUCGUGUCGCUACAUACGAUCUUCAACCACAUAUGUCUGCGCAGGCUGUUGCGGAUAAGCUUUCUGAGCGUAUCGCCGAGAAUAAUUUCGAGUUCCUCAUGAACAACUUUGCUCCUCCUGACAUGGUUGGCCACACUGGUGUCUACGAGGCUGCUGUCAAAGCCGUUGCCGCCACUGACGCUGCCAUCGGUACCGUCUACGAGGCCUGCAAGAAGUACGGCUAUGUUCUCUUCAUCACUGCGGACCACGGUAACGCUGAAGAGAUGUUGACGGAGGAGGGAACCCCCAAGACCUCUCACACCACCAACAAAGUCCCAUUCAUCAUGGCUAAUGCGCCAAAGGGAUGGAGCUUGAAGAAGCAGGACGGUGUUCUUGGUGAUGUUGCCCCAACUGUCCUGGCCUGUAUGGGUCUUGAGCAGGCUGAGGCUAUGACUGGUCACAGUUUGUUGGUUAGAGCUUAG